AUGAGUUUGAAUGAUGUCUAUAUAACUCUUGUCCCGAAAAGGGUGACUCUUGUGACUGUGAGGGACCUCAGGGCAGUUGCAUUAUGCAACGUUCUAUACAAUAUUCUUUCGAAGAUGUUGGUAAACAGGUUGAAAGUGGUCCUUCAUCAAGUGAUUUCGGUAUCUCAAAGUGCAUUUUUGCCGAGUCGGUUGAUUACUGACAAUGUGUUAGUUGCUUCUAAAGUGAUUCACUUUUUGAACCCUAAGAGAAAAGGGCGUGAUGGGUGGUGUGCGCUGAAGCUAGAUAUGGCUAAAGCAUAUGACAAGAUGGAAUGGUCUUUUUUAGAGACCAUUAUGCACCGAAUGGGUUUUCACCAUCGUUGGAUUAGUAUGAUCAUGCUAUGCGUUACUACUGUUAGAUAUAAAGUAGGGGUGAAUGGUGAGCUUUCUGACCUUAUUGUGUCGUCAUGUGGUAUUCGCCAAGAGGCUGGAGCUAUUAAGAGUUGUCUGGUUGAUUAUGAAAGGAUGUCAGGCCAAACUGUCAUCUAUAACAAGUCGUGUAUCGUAUUUAGUCAGAAUACCGCGAACACUGUGCGUACGGUUGUGGCUGAAGUUUUUAAUGUGAACCAGUCUGCUAAUAUUGGGCGCUAUUUGGGACUGCCCAUGGGUAUUGGACGAAACAAACGUGAAGUGUUUUCCUAUAUUGAAUCCAAGCUGAUUGGUCGGCUGAGUGGUUGGAAUAAGAAGAUUAUUUCAAGAGCCGGGAAGGAAGUCCUUCUGAAAAGUGUUGCGCAAGCCUUACCUACAUAUUCCAUGAAAAUUUAUUACUUCCUGGUUACGCUUUGUGAGCGGAUUAAAAGGGUAAUGAACAAAUUUUGGUGGGGCACUAGUGGUGGUGGAAGUAAUGGCAUAGGAUGGAUGGCCUGGAACAGGAUGUGCUCUCAGAAGUGGAAAGGAGGCAUUGGUUUUAAAGUACUAAGCCGGUUUAAUGUGGCCCUCUUGGCUAAACAAGGAUGGAGACUCAUGACUAAUCCUACAUCCCUAGCUGACUCAUAUAAGGCGAGAUACUAUCCUCGUGAUGACUUUCUUGAUGCGAAAAUUGGUGUGAACCCGAGUUACUGUUGGAGAUCAAUACUAGCCAGCCAAGAAGUUCUGCGGAGGGGUUCCUACCGGAGGAUUGGUAAUGGCCAGGAUACGUGUGUUUGGAGGUAUCAACCAGAGACUCUAGAUCACUUGACGAAGGACUGCGCAACUGUUGUUCCUCUUUGGCAAACCAUCCUGACCAGUACUAUUUCUGGGAUAGGUGAUGACUGCAUUGCUUGGAUGUUUGACACUUUAUCGAGGGGGAUGUCGUGCUUAAGCUACGAGCUGUAG